AUUAAUAUGUGGCAUGAUGCUGGUUUUUGUCAGAGUCUUACUUGGCAGGCUGGUUCCCACUUGAUCUGAUUCCAAGGAUUUGGAUGCUUGAAAGCGAAGAAACAGGGAAGAUAGAUUGAGGAACAAGUACCGGUCUUCUCUUCCAUCAAUCAUAGUAGCUGGGACAUGUCGAAAGAGGAAGUGAGAUUCCUUCCUUGUUUCUUCCUCGGCAUCUACUUGAUUCUUAUCACAGGUCACGCAAUCUCUGCCGCGACAGACAGAGAAGUCCUGCUCCAGCUGAAGGGCUCCCUUGAAGCCAACAAUCCGAUACGCCGAGGGGCCUAUGCUCGGUGGAACGCGUCCGAUUCUUCCCCUUGUAAUUGGCCCGGCAUCACCUGCAACGAUGCCGACCGCGUCACCGGCAUCAACCUCGCAGAAUCCAACAUAAACGGAGAAAUCUUCCCCAACUUUCACCUCCUUACUGAACUCACCCGGCUCGACCUUUCAUCGAACACCAUCGGGGGAUCCGUCCCUGCCGACCUCAACAAGUGCAGCGCCCUCGAGCAUCUGAACCUCUCCGGCAACGUCAUCAGCGGAGAGCUGAACUUGGCGGGCCUAACCAAUCUGGUGAUGCUCGACCUCACAAACAACCGCUUCAAUGGCAGUAUCCGCUCCAACUUCCCUGCAAUAUGUGCCAAUCUCGUUAGCCUCAACAUCUCGAACAACAUCUUCUCCGGCGACAUCACGGGGUGCUUCGAUCGGUGCCCGAAACUCGAGUAUCUCGAUCUGAGCUCCAACCAAUUCAAUGGAUAUAUAUGGCAAGGCCAAAACCUCCGAGAACUCUUGGUCUCCGAGAACCUCCUUAAUGGAGAACUUUCGUCGAGCACAUUCACGUCCAAUUGCGCCCUCGAAAUCUUAGACCUGUCGAUGAACAACUUCUCUGGGACGUUCCCCGGCUCGAUCGCCAAUUGCUCGAAGCUGACAAGCCUGGACCUGCGGGACAAUGCAUUCGAUGGAGAAGUUCCGUCGGGCAUUGGCUCCCUCUCGGAGCUCAACUCGCUCAGACUGGGGAAUAAUGCGUUCGACCGAACCAUCCCAGAGGAGCUGCUGAAUUGCUCCAAGUUGGUGUUUCUUGAUUUCAGUAAUAACGAUUUCGGCGGUGACAUCCCCGAAAUCUUCGGCCGGUUCGUGACACUGGAUCACCUGAUUCUUUAUGGGAAUCAGUACACCGGAGGGAUCGAGUCCUCCGGAAUUCUCAAGCUUCCGGACCUCACGACAUUGAACUUGAGCAAGAACAGGUUUUCCGGCAAUCUCCCGGUCGAGAUCACCACGAUGCCAAAGAUCAAGAUCUUGAUUCUCGCCGACAAUGGUUUCUCCGGCAGCAUUCCGCCUGAGGUCGACGGCAUGGCCAGGCUUCAGUUACUGGACCUUUCGUACAACAACCUCACCGGCUCGAUCCCUCUGGCGAUCGGAAAUUUGACAUCCCUCCUGUGGCUGACUCUCGCAGGCAACAAUCUCACCGGCAACAUUCCGCCAGAGAUCGGCAACUGCAGCAGCUUGUUGUGGUUGAACCUCGCCAAUAACCGGCUCUCCGGCAGGAUACCGCCGGAGAUAUCGGCGAUUGGGAGGGAUCCAAACCCAACGUUCGAGGCCAAUCGCCGUGAGAUCCGCCAUGUCACCCCCAUCUCCGGCGAUUGCCUCACCAUGAACCGGUGGCUACCGGCGAGCUACCCGCCAUUCAACUUCGUCUACACGCUGUUGACGAAAUGGACAUGCCGGACUACUUGGAAUCGGCUCCUGCAGGGUUACGCGGUCUUCCCAAUCUGCUCCAACUCCUUAUCGCGAGUUCUAACCAGAGGGAUAUCCGGCUACCUCCAGCUCUCCGGUAACCGAUUCUCGGGUGGGAUACCGCCGGAGAUCGGCCGGAUGAGGAAUUUCAGUAUGAUCCAACUUGACGGCAACCGGCUCUCCGGCCGUCUCCCACAGGAGAUAGGCCAGCUGCCGCUCGUCAUACUCAACGUCUCCAGCAACCGGCUGUCCGGCGAAAUCCCGCAUGAGAUCGGCGGCCUGCGGUGCCUCAUGAUCCUGGACCUCUCCCAGAACAACUUCUCCGGCGAAUUGCCAUCGAGCCUGAACGGCCUGUUCGAGCUGAACAAGUUCAACGUGUCCUACAACCCCUGGCUCUCCGGGAUGGUGCCGAUGACAGGCCAGAUCGCCACAUUCGACCGCGACAGCUUCCUCGGGGACCCCCUCAUCAACUUCAGCUCCUGGUCGAACGGCGGAGCGAGCUUCGGCUCCCCGCCGCCGCCGCCCCCGCCCCUCGCCAGGAACAGCAGCGCCGCGAGCGGGGGCGGGCGAUGGAAGUCGGUGCUAUUGGGGGUCUUCAUCGCGCUCACCUUGGCCUUCGUCGGUACGCUGACGCGUACAGCUGUGAGGUGCUGGCGACGGCGGGAGCUGCUGGCGCGGGCGGAGGAGGAGGGGCGGCGGCGCGGGACACGACGGAGGUGCUGACCGUUCAAACGAAGUUACAAAACCGUACGUCAUUUCCUCAUAGAGAAUUGACAAUUGGUUUUUGGUCAUAACGGAUAUGGAAACGACGGAGGCGCUGACGAAUAUGCAAAUAUGGAGUAGAGAAGAGUAAUUAAGUAUUUAAAUUAACUGAAGAGAAUCGGAUUUGACCACAAAAUUGGAGAGGUCGUCGAGAAGUGCCAUCCUUUUACUUGGAGCGGAUUGCUUGUUAAAUGGAAGCCGUUACUAUUGACAAUGGAUACUCUCUUCGAGUUCAAAGA